AACAUGAAGAUUCAUCUGUAAAAUCAUCAAAAGACUAUGAGGAUUCAUACAUCAUAAAACCUUCAAUGGAUCGUGAGAACUCAAAUUUAAAAUCUUCAAAAGAUCAUGAGAAAUCUCAAGAAAUUGUUAUGAAUAAUAAUAUAUCUUUAACUGAACAACUAUCGCAAGUUGCAUCUCCUAAUCACAAAUCGAACUCUGAAAAAGUAAUAACGGUCGAACAAAUCAAACAAGAGCUAAACGAUAACAUAAUGAUGAUUGAUGAGAAAGAAAAAAAUUCUUUGCCAGAAAAAAUCAAACGACCCAGAAGAUCGAAUCGAGAAACAUAUGCAUAUUUAAAUAUGUUGCCUAAACGACGUACUAGACAACAAUCACAAUCUGAAUGGAGGUUUCCACAUAAUAAUUUCUUACCUCAAGUCUCUCGACAAUCAUCACAACCAAAACGUCGAAAGCUUGAAAAGCCAUUGGAACAUGAAAAAUCAUUGGAACAUAAAAAACCAAUGGAAUAUGAAAUACCUGUAAUAUCAAAACCAAUCGAACCCGAAGUUUUACCACUGCAUCAAUCUGAAGUUUUACCACUGCAUCAAUCUGAAGUUUUACCACUGCAUCAAUCUGAAGUUUCACCACUGCAACAAUCUGAAGAUCAAGUAACGACAAUGGUAUCAUGCGAAAGAGAUCCAUACAAACCAAGAAACCUCGAUAUACAAAAUGUAACUACUAGGCGAUCUGUUCGUCAAGCCAAUAAAAAAGAAAGUGUAAUAUCCUCAAAUGAUAAUGAAAAAGUGAACAUUAAACGAGAAAAGGUGUAUAUUAAAAAAGAAUUUGAAAAUGGGCAAAAUUUAAUGAUGAUUGAAGAAAGAGCAGUUAAUGAAUGUCUAACGGAAGUAGAUCAACUAGUCGAACAAGAAUCUGAUGAACAA